GCACCCACCAACUUAAGCGCCUACGCACAGCAGCUACUAUGAUUGCACCAAAGCUUGAUAAAAGGCAGACUACAGCAGUGGCCAGCCUGCCCGCUGUAAAAGCAGACAUGAAGGAUCCUGAAACGCUUACUUUUAUCCUGUUACCCUCCGAGUUACUGGUGGAAAUCCUUCGUCAUUUAGACGGUCGCUCUAUCUUGCGGUGUUCCUCUGUCUGCCGCCAAUUGAAUAGGGUGAUUGAUUCCUCUGCAGAGCUUCAGUAUCAUAUUGAGCUUGCUCUUGAUUGCAUGCUUGAUGGCCCUCCGAGCACUGUCACUGUUUUAGAGCGUCUGGAACAACUGCGGACCCUUCGUCGUGCCUGGACCUUGUUCGAGUGGAAGAAAGAAGUUCGGGUGCCCAUGCCUGGUUUCUGCCACGCAUACGAGCUUGUAGGAGGUGUAUUUGCGAAGACGUCCUCUUCGGGAAGCAUUCAUCACAACCAGUCCGGUUCACGAAAAUUCGUUUCCUCCUGGCUACCAUCCUCGUCAGAUACUGGAUACACGCUGGCUCGGGACGACAUAGGCAUUUCAACGAGAGACUUCGCCAUUGAUCCAUCGCAAGAUCUCAUCGCUUUUGUUCAAUCUGAUGACGACUUCGUGAACAAUUCUAAUUACACGGCGGUCCAUAUACGCACUAUCUCCUCCAAUGCCAAGCAUCCCGAAGCAUCAUCUCCCAUUCUUCGUACCCUCACCCCGUCAAUAAUGACGAGUGCAUUCAUACAAAUCGUGGAUGAUGUGAUUGGGAUGAUGUUUUGGAUGGAGCUCGACAAUCCUCGCAUCACAAUCUGGAAUUGGAAGACAGGUCAAAUACUUGUCGAUCGCGACGGGGACGACUUGCCCACUCAUAUCAACGACUUUUGCUUCAUUUCGAACCGUGCAUACAUGAUCACGCGCGGGAUAGACGGGGGUUCGAUCCAAGUUUUCACAUUUGGAGAAAAUGAAAUCAUCCAUGUCGCGACCCUAUCGCUGCCUCUCCUGAAGUCCCGCCAUUUCGUGCACUGCGCGAUUCAUACAGGUCCCUUUGUGGCAAGGUGUCUUCCAAACACGCCUUUUUGGACCAAUCAGGAGGAGCGGAUGUAUGUUUUAUCCGUGGAUUAUAUCCAGAUGGACCCGCAUAUCCCUCGCGCUAGGCCCAAAUUUUUUCUCUUUUUCAAGAAUAGCACUCCUCUCAGAUAUAUACGGAAAUACCGUGAACAAGGAGAAACAAGCCCCUUCGAGGUGCCUUGGGAGGAGUGGGGCCCCCACGAAAGCCGCAUGCUCCAUCAUCAAGUCCCAUAUCAGUGGCUAAGAUACGUUCAUGGCUAUCGAGUAGUCUUUCCGCUACUAUCCAGCAGCAUGCAAGUGAUGGACUUCAAUGUACGCAAAACCAAACGGCAUGUCUUCCCUCCGCAGCCGGACUCCAAAGCGAGUGUUGAGGUCAUUGAUUACCCCACGAUCAUAUUUUCGGACUGCCUUUUCCCGGGCCCUAUUGAGACAAAUUUGCCCUAUCGGGUUUGUCAAAGGGAUGAGCUUGAAGGGUUUUCGGGCGUGAUGAUCGAUGAGCAAAGAUUGGUCGGUUUGAAAAGCCCCUCGUUUGCUGAUGGCGAUAUGAAAGAUCUGCAUGUUUUCGCGUUUUGACUGCUGUUGAACGUUGUACACUGCUGUUUUGUUGCUGCUCACCAGAUAAGUGUUAUUCAUAAAUAUGGAUUACUAGGAAAGACUGUAC